AUGGGGAGCCGGCUUGCUGCGUCGAGCGGCAUGGGCGACGGAGGAGCCCCCACUAAAAAGCGGGCAGGGGCUGUGCUCACGGCGUGCGAGUUGCUGCGCACGGUGGACCAUGCCACGAAGGAGCGCGAGCUCUGCGCCAAGGCGCUCGGCCUGCUGAUGCCCGGGGCGGAGGAGGACUCCGCCGUCCUUGCUGCGGCGUGCGAUGGACUUCGCAGGCUCAGCGAGAGACGGCGCCUCGCCUUGGACGUCCUGGAGUCUGGCGCUGGCGGCCUCAGCAGCAAGUUGUUGCUGGAGCGCCUGCACGAGUUGUCCAGGCUCGUGACGGGCGGCCUGGGCGACACCAAGGAGGCCGAGCUGGGUGCCGCUUCGCGCGACCUCGUGCACGCGAGCUGGCGCCUGCUGGGGCAGCUCGCCGCCUGGGGCGGCCAGGAGUCCGCGGACUGCGUGGACCGCCUUGUGGCGAUCGGACUCCAGUGCCCUGGCGAGGAGGCGCUGGCGGCGCUCGGGCUUGCACUGGCGGCAGCCAUCUCGGACCCGUCGGCGGCCCCUGGGCGGGCGGCCACGGGCGUGGCCGAGGCGUUGUUCGGGCGGGUGAUGGAGCUGGCAGGCGCGACGCCCUCCGACGCCGACGAGAAGCCAACCGCGGAGGCGGAGGCGCCCUCGGCCGAGGCCGCGAGGAAGGCGGCCGCCGAGCGCGACGCCAACCGCCGCUGCGGCAUCGUGUGGCUGACGGUGCUGCUACGGCGGCAGGCGCGCGGCGGGCAGAUGCUGGGGUUGCUGGCGGAGAGGAUGGAGGACAUCUGCCGGGCGUGCGUGCAGGCCGUCGGGGGCCUCUCCAUCUUCGUCGCGGACUGCGGGCUCAAGGCCAUCUGCUACUUGUACAGCCUCGUGCCCCCGGAGCUGCGCGCGGGGACGCUGAAGAUGGUCUUUUCACAGCUCUCCAACCGCACCUGGGUCUCGAACAUGUUCGUCGGCACGCCGGACACCAAGACGCGGCAGGAACAGAAGGACGUGGAAAACGCCUCGGGCCCGAACUCCCUGAAGAUCGCGGCCAAGGAGCGAGUUGACCUUCUGAAAGACCUCAUGUUCUUGGCCCGCGAGCUGGGGCACCCGCCGCUAUUCGUCGCGCUACUGGACCAGCCAGCCGGCUCCGUGUGGACGGGGCCCGUGCUGGUCGAGGCCCUGGACCUGCAGGCGCAGUGCUUGCCGGAGGAGCUGCAGGACCACCUGUGCCCUGCGCCGGUGCGUCCGAAGCUGUACCCGUACUUUUUCCACUCGAACGCGCCGCUCCGGCAGGCCGUCAUCGCCCUCAGCUCCAACUACUUCGGCUGCGAGACGCCGCAGCGCCUCGCCACGAAGUACCAGGACGAGUGGCGUGCGCUGGCCACGAAUCUGAUCUCGGCCCUGGGCACCUCCCGCGUCUCCACGCGCGAGGCGGCGGUCCAGGCGGCCCAGGUGCUCUUCAGAGGCAGGACUUGGGACGAGGUCGCCUUCCUUUUGGAGGACUUUUUCACCAUCGUCGUCAAGCUCAUGGAUGACAUGGAGACGAAGAUCCAGGCCGUCGUGAAGCCGCUGGUCCGCAUGACCCGCAACCUCAUUCUGCGACUGGUCGAUCCCAAGGCGGGCAAGGCUAGCGAGGUGGACGACGCCCUCAAGCUCACAAUCCCCCUGCUGCUCCAGUUCUGCGAGAGGUACAAGCACGCAACUCCUUUAUGCUUCGACAUCAUGCGGGAGAUGGUCAAGUCUGCGCACGGCACCGUGCUCAUGUCCCCGUACGUGCAGGACCUGAUCCCGCCGCUGCUCAUCUCUCUGUCCAUGAUGGAGAACGACCAGUUCCAAUACUACCAGAUGCACAUCGACAAAGCGAACGAGGAAAAGGGCAAGGAGCUGGCGGCAGCCCGUGUGUCUGCUUCGCGCGACAGUGAGUCUAUGAAGCUGCUGAGACAGCUGGUGCCCCUCAUCUCGAGAACGCCGAGCGCCUCGCCCCCAGAACCCGCGACUCGAUGCACCGCGGCGUGGGCGCCAACACCCGCGUGGGCGCGUGCGACUUCUGGGUCGCCGUCUGCGCGGAGCGCCCGAGCGCCGUGCCCGAGAGCGGCGCCGUGGCCACCAGCAUGCUGCGCUCGGUGGCGGGCGCGAUGCUGGACGGGUCCAAGGAGGUACGCGACGCCGCCGCCUCGUGCUUCGCCAGCCUGGCGCGGCGGAACUCGCCGCAGGAGCUGA